GUGACUGUGUUCAUGCUUGCUGCUCCUCGGUGGAAACCGGACCGUUUCCGAACGAUGGCAAAUAGUAAAUACAACGUAGCGGAAAGCAAUUACAAGUUCAAUGAACAAGAUGACCGUAGGAAAGAUUUUAACAUGGAUCUCGUAUUCUUUGGUCGUAAGCGAGUGUCACAAUCGAAAGGGACGCGACGAAGAUGGCUCGAAGCUAAUUCGCAUUGACGGUGACAUAAUCCUCGGUGGAAUUUUCCCUAUGCAUGAGCAGGUGUCAGGUUCGAUCGGUCAGUCACCAUGUGGUGCUGUGAAAGAAGAAAAAGGAAUGCAACGUUUGGAGGCCAUGCUAUAUGCCAUCGAUGAGAUCAAUUCAGACAACGAUUUGUUACCAAACACCACUUUGGGUGCUCUUAUUUUGGAUUCCUGUAGCAGCGACACCUACGCCCUUGAUCAAAGCAUGGAGUUCGUAAGAUCUUAUAUGAAUCAGGAUAUAACGGAAUACAAAUGUGAAAACGAGAAACCUCCGAUAUAUGUGCCUCACAAACCUGUGACUGGCGUUAUAGGAGCUUCCUUCAGCGUGGUCUCCAUUAUGGUUGCAAAUAUUCUGAGACUUUUCAAGAUACCACAAAUAAGCUACGCGUCAACGAGCACAGAACUAUCGGAUAAAAGUCGCUUCGAAUAUUUCAGUAGAGUGGUACCGCCAGAUAAUUUUCAAGCUCAAGCCAUGGUGGAAAUCAUUCAUCAACUCGGCUGGAAGUAUGUAUCCACUGUAGCGGUAGAGGGUGAUUACGGAGAAAAGGGAAUUGCAAGUUUUACAGCACUAUCUAUGGAAUAUGGUAUCUGUAUCGCAGUCAGCGAGAAAAUUUUAAGAAACGCCAAAUCGGAGGAUUUUAAAAGAAUCGUAGAUCGGCUGAGCUCGAAACACAAUGCUAGAGGCGUUGUUCUAUUCGUCGAUGAAGAUAACAUAAGAAGACUUCUUCAAGCAACCGUUAAAGCUAACCGUACAGGUCAUUUCAUGUGGAUAGGCAGCGAUUCUUGGGGUGCCAAAGUAUAUCCAGUGAAAGAUCAAGAAUUCGCAGCCGAAGGAGCAAUCACAAUUUUACCGUACAGAAUAUCUCUUGAAGGUUUCGAUAAUUAUUAUUUAAAUCUUCGUCCACGAAUGGGUGAAGAAUGCCAAGGGCAAAGUGAAAGAAAUGUUAUAUCGCAUGAUCAGCAAUCUAAUAAAACUGUGAAUUGUCGAAAUCUAUGGUUUCGUGAAUUUUGGUCGCAACACCAUAAAUGCAGUUUCGCUGCAAAUUCAUCGACAGCUACGAAGCCAUGUACCGGGACUGAAGAGUUAAUCGAUUACGAGCAAGAAGGAUUGGUGCCAUUCGUAGUUGAUGCUGUUUAUGCAAUGGCACAUGGUGUUCAUAAUUUAAUUGAAGAAUGCAUGUACGAUGGAACACCGCAUUAUUUGUGCGAAAAACUUCGUCCAGCACCUGAUGGACAAGAACUCCUUCGCCAUAUUCGUAACGUCAGUUUUAUCGGACGUCAGGGCACCGAAAUUAAAUUUAAAUCCGAUGGUGAUGCCUAUGGAUUUUACAACAUUUACCAAUAUCAGAGGAACGAAGAUGGAAGUUUUGAUUAUGUUCUGAUCGGUACAUGGAAGGAGGAACUAUCGCUCGAUAUUAAUAUGACAAAAUGGGCAGGAGGUAUCGGCGAAAUACACAUUCCCCGAAGUUUGUGCAGCGAUAAUUGCCCCUUGGGACACGUUCGUAGCUUUCAGGAGCCAUGUUGUUGGAGUUGUAUAGCGUGUCCAGAAGACGCAUACGUGUUCAACGACACUUGCCCCAGAUGCAGUUCAGGAUAUGCCCCAGAUGAAACAAUGACGAGUUGCAUCAAACUCACUGCUGAAGUGAUUCCAUGGUCCAGCCCAUGGGCACUGGUACCAUUGAUAUUUGCAUCUAUUGGAAUAUUAAGUACCUUGUUUACGACUGCGGUGUUCAUUCGUUUUAACCGAACCCCAGUGAUCAUGGCAUCGGGACGCGAGCUGUGUUACGUGUUAUUAGUUGGAAUUCUGUCGUGUUACGGCAUGAGCUUCGUGAUAUUAAGCAGACCAACAACGUGGAAUUGCACUUAUCUGAGAAUUGGGUUAGGCUUAUGUUUAAGCACCUGUUAUAGCGCAAUAUUGACUAAAACGAACCGGAUGUCACGCAUAUUCAAUCAAGGGACAAAAAGUAUAAAAAGACCAUCUUACACGUCACCAAAAAGUCAAGUCGUAAUUGCUAUUGGGAUCACUGCAGUGCAGUUAGUUGGUGCUAUAAUUUGGCUGAUCAUUAAACCACCGGGCACCACGGAAAUUCACCCAUAUCCUUUAUCGGCAGUGCUCACAUGCCGCGUUUCUACGUUCUCUCUAAUGAUGUCUCUUGUAUAUAACAUGUUCCUGAUACUUAUGUGUACUCUGUACGCGUUCAAAACACGUAAGAUACCGGAAAAUUUCAACGAAGCGAAAUACAUCGGUUUUACGAUGUACUCGACUUGCAUCGUAUGGUUAGCUUUCGUGCCCAUCUACUUCGGCUCAAACAAUGACUACAAGGUUGAUUUUCAGGUACAAAUAGCAAGCAUGUGCAUGUGCAUCAACAUCUCUGCUUCGGUAGCUCUUGGCUGUCUAUUCACACCAAAGGUAUAUUUGGUACUUUUUCAACCAUACAAGAAUGUUCGACCUGGGCAUGCCAAUACUGGAGUACUGCAAAGUAAUCGCGUAGCGUACAGUAUGCGAUUUCAUGGCGGUCGUAGCCAAACAAUGCAGAGCAUGACAUCGUGUUCACGCAGCAGCCCACCGGCAUCACGUUCAGGUCAGGAUGAAGUGAAACAUUCCAACGAGUGUCAGGCGAGAAUUCGUGAGACCGCGGUGGAGGUGUAUGACGACGAUGAAGACGAUCGCAAGCUUUCCACUGUCCAAGAAGUGUCAGAAUCGAGAGACAUUUCCAGUCCGUCGAUGUUUACCGAGAACUGCCGAAACCGAAGUCGCAAAUCAAUUUCCAGCGAUUCCGAUCAGUCGAGCGAUCCAACGCGCAAGAAUCGCGUGGAAACCAUCAGCUACAUCUCUGACAGAGUGAUGUCUCACAUAACAGAAGUCAACAGAUUUACCAACGAAGAUCAAACUUUCCACGUCUACAGCGAUUCACCGACUUUCUCUGAUUUCUCAUCGUAAAUUGCAAGGAUCGGUAUUAAAUAUUUGGAGAUGAAUUCAAUAAGUCAUUAUUGUAAAGGCAAGGUUUUCCUGAUAUCAAGACAGCUGAAAGAAUACAUCGUUGC